AUGAUUUUAAAGCAAAGUCGAUAUGUGGCAUUCGUCUCUUUGCUCAUGUUACUUCUCGAAGGUGGCUUCGCUCUCACUUCUGGUGGGAGAGCUUCUCUGGCACAGAAAGCAGUCAAAACGAACAAGGCAUCUUUCCCUGGAGGUGGCUCGAUCGUUGAAAAAAAUCGCGUCGCAGGAGUCAGCGACUACUUGUACGAAGGCGACAUCAAUCUAACCGAGGAACAGCUUGCUGCCCUCGAAUCGAAGCUGAGCAACGGUACAACUCGUCAGAAGCGUCAGGCUUCCAAGGUUUAUCCUUUAUGGACAAACAAAAAAGUCUUCUACUACUUUGAUGCAAGCUUGGGAGAGCCGAUGAGGGCUCUCGUAAAGAAAACCCUUGCAUAUCUCACUGCUCGCACAUGCCUCACCUUCGUGGAGAACGCAACGGCUACAAAUCGUGUUCGAGUGUUCAGA